AUGAAGCCUGUGCUGCCUCUGCAGUUCCUGCUGGUGCUGGGCCUCACACUGCAGCUGGUGCCGGGGAGCCCCAAGUAUCGCUUUCAGAAGUAUAUCUUGGAACCUCCACCCUGCAGAUCGGAACCUGAAAACUGUACCUACUUGUGUACACUGCAGGAAGAUUGCAAGGAAGGACUUCAGUGCUGUUCUGCCUUCUGUGGGAUAGUCUGCUCAUCAAACAAAUUUCAAAGGCACGAAAAGUAA